CACACACACACACACACACAGCUGCUCCUCUGCUGGCUUUGGAUUGAAUUCUGCCAGACGAGCUGUCAAAUGUCUCACCAUGAUAUUAUAAUCUGUUGUUGACAGAACCGUGAAUACGUGAUUUAAUUUGAGGGUUUUGUAGCCGAUCUGUUGAAUCGUUCAUUCAGUCAAAGAGAGAAACGCUCUCGCUGACUGAUUAUUCAACAAUUCCAUGAAACUUUUGGUUUCUGCCUGACCAUAGAGAGACUGAACAUACUGACGAGAGACCAGUAACUCUACAGAUAUGAGCUCGCUGAUGAGUAACGAGAACUUUCAAACUACAUUUGAGGUCAUUUAAGCUCAGUUUAUUCUCUCCGCAGUGAAGAGACACAGAAUGAUGUCAUCAUGGCCGCUGCAUCGGGCUGCACCUCCGAGUGUUUGUAACGUUUUAGAAGCUUUAGAAGAACUCUUAAAACUCUUCAUUUGAAUAAAUAUUUUGCAGCCAAAUCAAAUAGUUUACAGGAUAUUCAACCUUUAUUUCUUUAUGAGGCUUUUAAUACUUGACUUCUUUAUUUGCAUGGCUUCUAUAGGGACAAUAAAGAGUUUACAGAUAAUGAUAAUCCCUCCUCUCUAUUGUGGAGGUCAGUUUAUUACGUGUAGCCGGUUACACCUCCAGUCUGUUCCUGUCUCUGAGUUCCACUAGUUGUCUUUUGAUUGAGUAGAAACGACUUCACGCUACGGCGCUGAGAGCGAGUACAGACGAAGCUUAAACCACGUUCACCAGAGUUCUCCUGUAAAAAACAUCGCGGUCACAUUUGACCUUUGUGACCACUGAGCUCAAACUGCCACGAACGACAUAAUAAAUAUUAUUCAGAGAAACGAAAGAGAUUUCAGAGAGAACGGAGAACAGGAAAGUCUUUAAAAGAAGAGUUCUCUCCAGAUGAAUUAAACAUCAUUCAACCUGAACGCUGCUUCUCUGUUCAGUUUUGACUCAAGAAACCGGAGAGGUCCGGAUGUUCAUAAUGUUGCAAUAAAAUUAUAUAAAUCCUUAAAUACAUAUGUAGCUGGAGAGAUAUCAGAGAUAUGUGAUGCUGUCUGUUCAAUGAGGAGGCUCUCGUGCAUCGUCGUCUGUAGUCAUUGUUGUCGUGUUUCUAGUCGUCUCGAUGAGUAGUGAAACAUGUUGCGUUACUCUCUGCCUCUCAGAUGAUUCCUCUGGAUUCCUUCGUCGGGCAGAGUGCCGAUGGCAAGAUGGUUCCCAUCAUCCCCGGAGGAAACAGCAUCCCGCUCACCUUCUCCAACAGGAAGGAGUACGUGGAGCGAGCCAUCGAGUACCGGCUGCACGAGCUCGACCGACAGGUGGCGGCGGUGCGUGAGGGCAUGUCGUGGAUCGUGCCGGUGCCGCUGCUCUCCCUGCUGACGGCCAAGCAGCUGGAGCAGAUGGUGUGCGGCAUGCCGGAGAUCUGCUGCGACGUGCUGAAGAAGGUGGUGCGCUACAGGGAGGUGGACGAGCAGCACUCCCUGGUGCAGUGGUUCUGGCAGACGCUGGAGGAGUUCUCCAACGAGGAGCGGGUCCUCUUCAUGCGCUUCGUCUCCGGACGCUCCCGGCUGCCCGCCAACACGGCCGACAUCUCCCAGAGGUUUCAGAUCAUGAAGGUGGACCGGCCGUACGACAGCCUGCCGACCUCUCAGACCUGCUUCUUCCAGCUGCGUCUGCCUCCGUACUCCAGCCAGGCCGUCAUGGCCGAGCGGCUGCGCUACGCCAUCAACAACUGCCGCUCCAUCGACAUGGACAACUACAUGCUGUCCAGGAACGUGGACAACGCGGAGGGCUCCGACACGGACUACUGACACACACACACACACACACACACACACACACACACACACGGGUGACUGUAUUGUCUGAACACCAUCGCUGCACCAGUCGAAGGAAAACUCCCGAGCAGGCGGGCCACUUUUUAAAAACCCAUUUUAUGUACUUUAACAGCAGAGUUUCAGUUCUCCUGGUGGUUUAUUAGCAGUUUUUAAAUGACAACAAUCCACGCGAGAAGUGUGUUUAGUGUUAACUCUUUGGUUGCUCAUUACUCCACAUCCCAUUUUCAGGGUUUCUGCAUGGAGGUUUGUUUAUUAGUUUGGAAAUGUGUAUAAAAUAUUCAAGCAGGCGGCCGAAGAAAAGAAUAUUGUACAUUGUGUAAAAUGCUUCAUUAGGAAAAUGUUUUGCAUAAUAUCCAUAUUUAUUGUGUUCAUGGCCGAUGCCGAGUUUCCCAAAGCAUUAAACAACAAUAAAUGCUGCACAACUGA